GUGCGCCGACAGCGACCGGCCCCACCUCGCGUUCCUCCGAGCGGCGUCGGCUGCAGUCGCCCCGCCAGCCCGUCCGGCCGUCCGCACCGCGAGAGGAGCCCCCUGCCCUGCCCGCCCCUCCCGCCCCUCCCUCCCCCCGUGCCCGCACCCCACGUGAAGCGGAAUAUAAAGGGGGUGUGAGGCUGGUGGGAAAGUGAAUGGCGGAGGACUGAGGGGUCCCCUCUGGCCCCGGCCGCCCAGCUCACGCUCGUUCAUCCUCCCUUCCCGAAGCUCGCCCUCGGCGGCAGCAGCGGCCGGCGCCUCGGGCUGAGGAGGAGGAGGAAGACUCUCGCCGGGCGGAGCGUCGGGUCCGGCUCUCCUGUGCGCGUCUCGAGCACAAAGAUUACGGUGUAGGAGGAAAUUGCCCUCGCCCCUGCGCCGCCGGUACCGACACAAUGCACCAGCCGCCUGAGUCCGCCGCCGCGGCCGCCGCCGCUGCAGACUUCAGCGCUAGGAAGAUGGCGCACCCGGCCGUGUUCCCUCGAAGGGGCAGCGGCGGGGGCAGCGCCUCUGCGCUCGGUGCAGCAGGUACCGGUGUUGGUAGUACCGCCACGUCUGCUGAGGACUUUCCGCCUCCGUCGCUGCUUCAGCCGGCGCCUGCUGCAGCAUCGUCCACGCCGGGACCGCAGCCUCCGCCUCCACAAAGCCUGAACCUCCUUUCGCAGGCUCAGCUGCAGGCACAGCCCCUCGCGCCAGGCGGAACUCAGAUGAAAAAGAAAAGUGGCUUUCAGAUAACUAGCGUUACUCCGGCGCAGAUCUCUGCCAGUAUCAGCUCGAACAACAGCAUAGCAGAGGACACCGAGAGCUACGACGAUCUGGAUGAAUCUCACACAGAAGAUCUCUCUUCUUCGGAGAUCCUUGAUGUAUCGCUUUCCAGGGCUACUGACCUAGGGGAGCCUGAGCGCAGCUCCUCAGAAGAGACUCUGAAUAACUUCCAGGAAGCAGAGACUCCUGGAGCAGUCUCUCCUAACCAGCCUCACCUUCCUCAGCCUCAUUUGCCUCACCUCCCACAACAAAAUGUUGUGAUCAAUGGGAAUGCUCACGCACACCACCAUCACCACCAUCAUCUCCACCACGGGCACCACCUCCACCACGGGCACCAUCCAGCCCAUGUUGCUGUGGCCAGUGCAGCCGUUCCUGGAGGGCCACCCGCAAGCCCAGUAUCCAGAAAACUCUCUACAUCUGGAAGCUCUGAGGGUGUUGUGCCAGUGACACCAACUUCUGCUGUAUCAUCGAGCUGCUCACCUGCAUCUGUAAUGACUAAUAUCCGGGCUCCAAGUACUACAGGCAGUGUAGGUAUAAAUUCUGGUACUGGCGCUAGUAGAGUGAAUAAUGUUAAUGUUGCUUCUGUGGGUAGUUUCAGUCCUAAUGUGACAAGCAGCAUGCUUGGUAAUGCUAAUAUAAGUACAGGCAAUAUUCCUAGUGUAAGUGCUGGGCCUGGAGCUACCAGUGGUAUUAAUGUGAAUAUCUUGAGUGGUAUGGGCAAUGGUACUGUUUCUUCCUCUGCUGUUAACAGUGUCCCUAAUGCAACUGCGGGAACGAAUGUGGGAUUAGUUUCAAGUCAGCAGCAACAACCAACAGUUAACACAUCAAGGUUCAGAGUUGUGAAGUUAGAUUCUACUUCUGAACCGUUUAAAAAAGGCAGAUGGACUUGCACUGAGUUCUAUGAAAAAGAAAAUGCUGUAUCUGCUACAGAAGGUGUGACAAAUAAAGUGGUGGAGACUGUAAAACAAAACCUGGCAGAAUUGACUUCUGAGAGGGAGAGCACUAGUGGGAGUUCAGUGAGCAGUGGUGUCAGCACACUGAGUCACUACACAGAGAGUGUGGGAAGUGGAGAGAUGGGAGUUCCUACCUUGGUACCGCAGCAGCCACCAGCUCUUCAAGGUGUGGCCCUCCAGCAGAUGGAUUUCGGUAGCACUGGUCCACAGAGUAUUUCGGCAGUUAGUAUACCACAGAGUAUUUCUCAGUCACAGAUGUCACAAGUACAUUUACAGUCUCAAGAACUAGGCUAUCAGCAAAAACAAGGUCUUCAACCGGUACCUCUGCAAGCCACUGUCAGUGCUGCAACUGGUAUCCAGCCAUCACCUAUAAACGUGGUUGGUGUAACUUCAGCUUUAGUUCAGCAGCCUUCCAUUUCCAGUUUGGCUCAACCCCAGCUGCCAUAUUCACAGACAGCUCCUCCAGUGCAAACUGCCCUUCCGGGGGCACCACCCCAGCAGUUACAAUAUGGACAACAGCAACCAAUGGUUUCUACACAAAUGGCCCCAGGCCAUGGUCAGUCAGUGACUCAAAAUCCUACUUCAGAAUAUGUACCACAGCAGUCACUUCUGCAAACAGCAAUGUCCUCUGGGCAGCCCAGUUCUGCAGGAGCGGGAACAGGAACAACGGUGAUUCCUGUAGCACAGCCACAGGGGAUCCAGCUGCCAAUGCAGUCCACAGCAGUUCAAGCACAACCUGCAGGCGCAUCUGGCCAGCCUGUUGGCCAGGCUCAAACAGCAAUGUCUGCUGUACCUAUUGGAGGUCAAAUUGCAACUAUUGGUCAACAAGUAAAUGUACCUACUGCAGUGCAGCAGCCUUCUACCCAGUCUACACCUUCAGUUAUUCAGCAAGGUGCUCCUCCAUCUUCACAAGUAGUUCUACCUGCUCAAACUGGGAUUAUUCAUCAGGGAGUUCAAACUAGCACUUCAAGCCUUCCUCCACAGUUGGUCAUUGCACCCCAGAGUACCUUGUUAACUGUGCCUCCCCAGCCACAAGGAGUAGAACAGGUAGUUCAAGGAGUUGUUUCACAGCAGUUGCCCGCAGUUAGUCCUUUACCCUCUGCUAGUAGUAUUCCUGUUACAAACCAGGUUAGUUCAGGUGGUCCUGGAAUACCUUCUGCCCCAACAAACUUGGUUCCACCACAGAAUAUAGCACAACCCCCUGCCACUCAAAGUGGUAAUUUGGUUCAAAGUGUUAGUCAACCUCCCUUGAUAGCAACUAACAUAAAUUUGCCAUUGGCACAACAGUUACCACUAAGUUCUACUCAGUUCUCUGCACAAUCAUUAGCUCAGGCAAUUGGAAGCCACACUGAAGAUGCCAGGCGCCCAGUGGAGCCCUCCGUAGUUGGCUUACCUCAGACUACCAGUGGUGACAGUGGGGGAAUGUCAGCAGUUUCAGAUGGGAGUAGCAGCAGCCUAGCAGCCUCUGCUUCUCUUUUCCCGUUGAAGGUGCUACCGCUGACAACACCCUUGGUGGAUGGCGAGGAUGAGAGCUCCUCUGGUGCAAGUGUGGUAGCUAUCGACAACAAAAUCGAGCAAGCUAUGGAUCUGGUGAAGAGCCAUUUGAUGUAUGCAGUUAGAGAGGAGGUGGAGGUCCUUAAAGAGCAAAUCAAAGAACUAAUAGAGAAAAAUUCCCAGUUGGAGCAGGAAAACAAUCUGCUGAAGACACUCGCCAGUCCUGAGCAGCUCGCCCAGUUCCAGGCCCAGCUGCAGACUGGCUCCCCUCCUGCCACCUCACAGCCACAGGGGAGCACACAGCCCCCCGCCCAGCCUGCGUCCCAGGGCUCAGGACCAACUGCAUAGGCAGAUGUGUCCCCGUGGAACUGGCUGCUCCUAUCUGAUCUGAACAGACGGAGAUGUACUAGGGAGAAUCUACGCCCACAGUCACCGAUUUCAUUGCUUGCUGCAAAAGAGACGUGAGACUGAUACACGCCAUUAUCUCUUUUUUCCAGUAUUAAGCACUCCUAAGCUUUUGGGUUGAAGAAACUUAGCUGGGUGAAUUAAAGGUUAAUCAGAGAAUUAGCUUGGAUGUCCGGGUGCGGUUUGGCACAUACCGGAGGAAUGGUUUCAUUGCUGAGGAGCCGAGUGCCUUCCAUCCCUUCCCAGCUGACCACCCCAUUUCCAAGAGUGCACUCUCAUGCUUGCACAUAGUUCACUGCGUGGGGUCAGGAAGCAGUGGGGCUCCUUACUGGACUUUGCUUUCUCCUCUCCUGCCACCAUGAAGAACUUGAAAGGGAGGCAAGAGACAAAUGAGGGAGAUUGCAGUUUAUCGUACAAACUGAUGACUGUCACCCAAACACAUUUUUAAAAAAGUACUGUGCCUCUUUUUGUGGAACGGCAGACAACACAAAGCAUUGGUGAGAAAAUGGUGAUAGGUAGCUGGAAUCUAGGCUGUCUUACUAUGAAGAUUGUUUUGCUUAUUGUAUAUUUGUGUAUGUAGUGUAACUAUUUUGUACAGUAGAGGAUUGUAACUACUAUUUAGGCUGUACAGAUUUGAAAUUUACCUGUUUCAUUGGCUGUUUGAAGAGGUGUGGAUUGUCUUUUAUAUAGAGAUCUAUAUGAAAACUACUAUCUAAUACAAACCACACCUAAAGAAAUUUUAAGAAUUUGGCACAGUUAGUCAUUUGGUGUAAUCUGAAAUGUAGCUGCUGAAUAUCUAAAGUAAAUCCCUGUUCUCUGAAGUUUUUUGAUUGAGCUGGUUGAAUACUUUGAAAAGUGAUCAAUUCUAACUAAUGAAUUGAUUUCCCCAUAGGAUUCUGCAUAUUACCUGUAUAGUAGUUAUAUGGAUAUGUUUCUGUGCAUGUUUGGUACACAGUUGUAAGGUGUCCCUGUAUUUAACUGUUGUACUUGUCAACUUUCAAUAAAGCAUAUAAAAUGUUGAUAA